AUGGCAACAGCAGAGCAAGAAGUCAAACUCCGAAGUUUCGGCAAUAUAUUCUCUCUUGAGGGAAAAGUUGCUGUUGUCACUGGCGGAUCUCGAGGCUUGGGAUUACAUUCUGCUAGUGGCCUUCUCCAGGCCGGCUGCUCCAAAGUAUACAUUACCUCCCGUAAAGCUAAAGCUUGCGAGGAAGCAGUUGCUGCCCUGAACGCCCUGCCCAACAAACGCCCCGGUGCGCGGGCUAUCUCCGUCCCCGCAGACAGCUCCAAGCUCUCCGAAAUCGAGCGUCUUGUUGAGGAAGUCAAGAAAACUACCGAUCAUGUCGAUAUCCUAUUUGCCAACGCUGGAGCUACUUGGGGAGAGAAGUUCGAAACACAUCCAGAACCUGCAUUCCAGAAGGUAAUGGACUUGAAUGUCAAGAGUGUUUUCUAUUGUGUGCAAAAGUUCGCUCCUCUACUCGAAGCUCGUGGUACAAUUGAAGACCCCUCGCGCGUCAUUAUCACCGCCUCCGUCGCCGGUCUCAUGGUCGGAACUAUGGGUGACAAUGCUACAUUCAGCUAUUCUGUCUCCAAGGCCGCCGCGAUUCAUCUUGCCAAAAACUUGGCUGUGGCGUUGGGCCCACGACAUAUUGUUUCGAACGCCAUUGCGCCCGGAUUUUACCCAUCCAAGAUGGCCAACGAGCUUAUGAGAAUGCAGGGCGGGAAAGAAAAAUUGGCAGAGGGCUCACCAAAUCUGAAGCUUGGCGAACCAGAGGAUAUUGCUGGUUUAGUCGUGUUUUUAUCCAGUCGUGCUGCUAGCCACAUUAAUGGUGCCUGCAUUACGACGGAUGGUGGCGCACACUUGAAAGGGCGUAUGUAG